GGAGUUACCCUAUCUGAGGCCUGAGGAGCUCGGCCAGUUUAUAUCCCGUUGGUCUAGAUAAGCAGGGAUGCUGGGAUAGCGUCCCAGGAUAACGUCUCCUAUGGGAUAAGGUGUACUUAUAUAAAAACAAAAGAAUACAAGUAUAAAAAUCCCUGGCUGACUUUGAAAGUAUUGCAAAGCCAAUUGUGAUGGACUGUGCGAAUAUUAAAAAAGAUAUAUAUAAUUAGCAAGUAGUGUGUGACCUGGUAAACGUGACCAGGGAGACGUGACGAUCUCAGCGAAGUAGUGAUCCAUGGUAAAGGCAGCCAGUCCAGGCGGCUUCCUACACCUGCAACCCUCCCCUACUCCCGACGGGACACACCUGCUACACCUUGUUGAAGCACUCUGCAAACCUGAGAAUAAAAUCUUACUACCUACAGCAGGACUAAGCUAGUUGGCCUUGCAGGACCCUGUUCUAGAGUACCCGGAUCUCCUGACAUUCUUACCAGUAAACUGGACUUGUUGUAGAACUACCUGUCUGUCACACAUAUAAAUCUAUCUCUGUCUACUGCAACAUGUACUGUAGCUUGCCUGGAAGGCUUGGUGUAGGGGAAGACUAAUCCAAAAAUGCUGCAGAAGUAGUAUGGCGUGUGUAGAAAGUAAGGCAGUGAUGUAGGUCCUCGCAUUCACGCUGUUUGCUCUGGAGUGAAUGACACGAUGCGGCCAUACGGCUGACAGACACCACUUCAUCUCAGACGACAGGGUGCUGAAGUAUAUCAUCAAGUAACCUGUCAGUACAUUAGUGCCGCUCACACCUAUUAUUUUGUAACCAAGACUUUGAUACAGUUUGCGCUCGGAAAGUUCACUGAAAGGCACUGUGUUGAUGCUGCAAUGCUGUCAUAAGUCAAUAUAUCUUAAUAUUUUCUGUAUAGACGGCUUUGUAUGUUUGUAGUAUAUUCAAGACUCCCACUUAGGAUUCGCAGGAAGCAGCAACAUACUGUAUGAGUGAAGUGAGGACAAAAUACAAACAGAAGAGAUCAUCGCUGCAGUUUGCACUGACAAAGUAAGCAUGUAGCAGCAGAGGCACCCGCACCCCGCCCUAGGACUACCCUGUAUGGUGGGGGCCACGCUGCCCCCAACGGCACGCCUCACCUUCCCGCCCUGUGACCCUGUGUGAUGUGUGUGGAGAGGACCGGGCCAUGAGCAGGGUACGACGCCUUGAAGGAGUGCGAGUGUGCAGGAUACUGUGUGAAGGAGAGUCUGUGGGAGGCGCGGACAUGUGAGGAGACUCGCUGGCCCACACUUGAGUGCUGCCGCCGCUACGAGUAUGGCUGGUGGAGUUGGGCGGCGUCACCCUGUCGGCAUCGCGCGCCUUCUUCCUUCCAUCUCUGUACCUCUACAGCAGUGACGAAGGGCGAGGACAAGCAACAGAGGUGAUGGAGGGCCGGGCAGGUGGGACAACCACUUCCUCAUGCAGCAAGGUCACAACUUUGCCCGGGUACUGCGUGGGGUCAGUGCGCUAUGGCGUGCGUCUGGCGCCCUUGAGUGGAACCUUGCCCUCAAGGAGGUGUUCCGAGGGCGACUUGGGAGCGCCGAGGAGACCCCCUGCUGAGGCCGGCAGGAAGGUGGGCAGGAGUGGCUCUGGUCCCAGCAGUCAACAGCCACUUGUUGACAAUGGACAUGACGUGGGUGGAUCGCAUCUCGAUCCUCUCCUGCGAAGCCUGGGGCCCUCGCCCAUCCACCUGAAGGAGGCCCACUCGCUCCUCAACAGGUGGGCGCCACUCACCGUCCCGACGUCAACAUCCAUGCUACCUCCCGCCUCGCCGCGCCCACAUGCCCUCAGACGAAGCUUCAAUGCUUCGCCAAGGCCGUGGGUAGCACCCAUUCCUCAGGAGGAAGACACCACCGUUGCCCAGGAUGGUGAUAAUAGAGGCAGUGACAAUAACAUCAAUAUGAAAAGCGAUGUGGGUGGCAGAUGGCGAGCGGCGCCAACAGAUGGCGCGGGCGUGUACACCAAGACUACCUCUCCUCCUGACCCGCUAAAAUUAUCCCCCCACCCACCACCCGAGGGAAGCGGGCGGCCCUCCCUGCGGGGCGACCCGCGCCCUGCGCCGCCUCUCAACUCUACCGCUGACGUUGCCACCUUCAGAAGCGAGGCCACCAUCCUGGUGACCCAAGGCGACAACAGUCACCCAGAGAAAGGGGCCGAGCGCUCGCCCAUAAGCCGCAGGCGGGGCUUGGGUACCCUCAGCCUUGCCAGGUGUAGUGACGAGGACGGAGAGGGUACGGGCGGGGCUCCUCCUCCUGCUGCUGCUGUAGGAGGCGCGGCGCUGCUGCAGGAGGUGAGGGAGGGCGGUCUGCCUCCCCCUGCCGCUAAAUAUACGUGUUGUGUGGCGGGUCGGUCCCCCCGACACCUGCUGCCCCGCCACGCCACUAUGUUUAGCUACCCGGGCCCGGCGCGCCCCGCCAUCCCGGAGGAGCCUGCCAGUGCGUACCUCGACAGUGACCAGUGCAGUGCUCAGCCGCCCGCCACGCCCAGUCAUGCCCACGCCAGUGCCGUGCAGUGUACAGUGUUCCCCUGCGGAGACGGCGGAAGUGUAGCCUCGGGGGGCAGCGGUCAUGGGGACCGUGUGGCCCCCCUGGCGCCAGUGAUACCCCCUGCCGCCACCCCCGCCCGCAGGACCGUCAGGCCCAGACCAGAAAUACCUGACCAUUUGUACCGACGUUGGGCCGCGCUGCUCCCGUCUGAUGCUGGCUUAGAUUAUCGUAGAGAGAGAGAGCAGGCGGGGGCCCCGGGGGGCGCCCCCGGCCACUCAGAUGAGGGGUCUCUGCCGGUGACGUCACCAGAUCUCAGCCCCGCGGCGGGGGCAACACAAGGCUCUCACAACUAUCAGCUGGAGCCUCACUUGGACAUUUACUCACACCAGUUUGCCCGGUUACGACUGGGCGUCCCUACCGGAAGACUGGGGGGCGGCAGAAAAGAGGGGGGGCGUGGACCCCCUCCCGCACGCCCACCCAGGUCUAGACAGAACCAUCUGGAAGAGCUGCGGAAAUGUACUGAAAGGCUGAAGACUCCGUCACCUGACAAAAAGGCUCGGGCGGACUCGGCCCCUCCGCCGGACACAGGCGUGUCAGACGAGGGUGAUGGCGCCCCCCUGCGAGGCAAGAACAAGAAACGCAGCAAUGACUCUCGCACUGCCUCUCUUCGUCACCCUUCCCUGGGCAAGAGCCCCAGCCUUCCCCCGCAGCUUCCCUCAACCAGGGACGCAGGAGCCCUCAGACUGUCGCCGGCUCCUGCCCCGAAGGACCCACUGCAGGAUCUUUCUGCUGGAGAGCAACGGGAGGAGGGGGAGGACGUGUUCAACGAGGGAGCUGUCAAGCUUCCCCCGCGGCCGCGUCCAGAGGCUCGUCUGGUCAUUCCACCGAGAGUCAUUGCCUUUAGGUCUGCGUCUGUGUCGCAGGUGGACGUGGCGUCGGACGGGGCGCUUUUCCUGCGCAGCGGGAAGUCCCCAACUGCUAUCCGACUUUACCCGCUGUGCAAGGACUACUGGGGCUCGAACACCCUCCCCAAGCGCAAGCCUGCAGUCGUCACUAAGGAAGGUGGUGGUGCCGCAGGUGGGCCCAACCACCACCUCCCACACCUCACUACCGCAGCCUCCGUCAGUGACAUGACCAACGUCGGUGCCAAGUCGGGGUUGUCGCAACCGGAAAAACUGGAGAGUAAAUCUAAGUCUGAAAGCGAGUUGUUUGUGGCAGGGCUGACGGGAGGCGAGGGAGGCCUAGCCCACCUUAGGGACAACCUUCUUACCAAGAAAGUGGACGCUCUGGACGCCCUGGCCACCUCAGAAGGCGGCCUCAAGGACGCAGAUGAGAAAGAAAGCGGAGCCAAAAAUGCAGGUGGAAUAAGAGUAAACAAAGGCAAGAAGGAAAACGAAGACACUGUGAAACAGAGCGCGGAGCCUGGCAGACAACAGUGUGAUGAGAGAGAAAGAACUCAUCAGCAGCUUACAAACAAUGAUACCAACAAACCAGACACCAGCAUAAAUGAAUUAAAUUAUCCAACCAAUAAGGAAGAUAAAAAAAACAUUGAUCUGAGAGAAGAAAAUACAGAUAAGAAUGGAGAAAAGAAAGAUAAAGAAGGAAGCAGAUCGAACAGAGUAAGUUUUUCUGAUGAAGUGAAGAAUAUUAGUGUAGAUCCUGAAGACGCUAGAGUGAUGAGGCUCAACGACCAGCCCUCACCACUCUACGGUGGUGAGGGCUCAACCCGCGCUCAGUUACUCGCUAAUUUUAUAUUCAAUACUGACAAAGGAAGUGUAGAAAGUGAGGCGCAGAGACGUUCUUGUGUAGUAUUAGAGUGUGAAAAGAGGAAGCCAGAAAAAGUAGUGUUUACCCUUGGUGAUGAAGAGGUGCAGGGGGGUUUGGGGGGGAGGACAGGGAGUGAGGCAACACCUACAUGGGGACACCACAAGCAAAGUGACGAUCGUCAGGUAAAAGACUUGAAAACUGAUAGUGAAGUACCAAGAGGCGUCGCCCUACAGCAGAAGGCUGCUGCUCAAGGAACAGCGGCAGAAGCAGGCUGUAAUGGACUUGUGAUGAGGAGCAGUGGUGAGGCUGCACCGCUAAGAACAGUGGGUAGUAAGGGUGAGGCUGGUGAUACUCCCCCGGGAGGGGAGAUGCCCACCCCUGGGGGACUGGCUCCUCCAGGACACGCACCCGAACUGGCGGCUGUACUUCGUCAGGGCACUUCAGGGGAAGACUUUGCUGGGGUACUGCCCCUGCUGAGCAGUGCUAGCCAACACACUCAUCUGGACUCGAGACUAAGUACUGAGUUAAUAAACAGUAAAGUUAAAAGUGGAGAGAGUGGGACUAGUCAGUGUGGAGAUCACCGGCAGGUGGAGUGUCAGGUGGUGCAGAAGGAGCCAAUACUCUCGCAGUGUUUGGUUAUCAAGUCCGGGGGGCGGGACAGUGGCCAUCUCGACAGCAUGGGCGGGGAGGGCGCCACCUCCGAGUGCCGGGUGGUCAGGUCUCGCCCUCGCCUCCCUCGGGAAGACUCUGAUGGCGACAGCGGCGAGCGGGAAGCUUCGCGCAUGUACCACAUGCAGGUGAGCGACGAGGGCAUCUUUGAAGAAGAGAUCAAGAGUCAUGAACCACGUGACUCUUCCGACUCCUCGUCUCAAGACAGCAUGGGAAUCGGCCAGGACCGUUCCGAGGAAGGUAUUGUUCCAGUUUCUGUUCCUCGCGAGGACGGUCCUGUCAGGUCAGGGUCACGUCGCCGCCGCAAACUAACAGAUGGCGAUAAUGAAAGGUCUCUCACGUUUCCUCCCCAGAGGAAGAGCUCUCACAGUGACUCCAUUAGAUAUUCCUCGGUGGACAGUAACGGGUUGCGAAGCCUCGCCACCUCCCGAGGUUUCGCGGAUCUGCACAGCAGUGAACAACAGCGCAGCUCCUUCUCUCUCGCUGACAGCUACCUGAGUGAGACGAGUCAGUCACCUGACACACGCCAGCGCCUCCUUAUCUCAGAAACCCGUCCAAUGGACCGAGCAGAGAGGAAGAAGAAGCAUCACAGCGACCCCAGCUGUGAGAGACGAGGCAGCACUGACGCUCUCAUCUUUCGGAGCCAGCCUCACCUGGGAGCUACGCCCACUCAGGGAGACCCGGAUAGACACACCAACAAAGGUGUGGUGUCUCAGGCGUCCACGGACUCUGAAGGUCGUGACGAGCGUGGGGAACCCCCUUCAUUGGGUCCCCCCAGAGUCACCACUCCUCAGGUCCUCUUUAGUGGCCACGAGAGCGACGGGUCCGACUAUCCGCCAUGUCACACUCCCGCCAGAAAUGUCUCUCCAACGCCUUACCUGCAGGACAGCGACUCGGGUGAGCGCAGUGCCCCUCGGAGUCCUCACAUCCCGCGACGGUAUUCCAAGAGACCACUACGAGGCCCGUAUGGCCUCAUGCUCGAAGCGGAAAUGAGCAAAUCCAAGUCGAGUCCGUCUUACCUGUCAGAGGACACUUACCUACCAGUGAGGGACGCCAAGAGCUGCUCGCCGCGUCCACCGUCCCCCGCCUCCCCUGCUGUUAUAAUUGGGGAUGAGCGGCCUCCUCUCAUUAUUCCCACUUCCCGCUCCCUCGACGACUCUGUAAUCAGGAUAAACUACGCCAAUUCCUCAGAAUUAGUGAGUCGCAAAGUGAGCGAGGAGACGGAACCCGGGGCAGCGUCCCCCGUGGGACCCGCCUGGGAAAGUGACGGAGAAGGAACUAUCUCUCCACUCCCUAUUGUUCCUAUCCACCAGCGGACGGUUUCCUCUCCCUCUAAGCUCUCCGGGGAGGGCGGCUUCACCUCAGAGGAUGAACGGGAACUAGUGGACUAUUACUCGGCGGCGGCACGCCUUCUGGCACAGCAGAACCACCAACCACGGCAGCAACACCGACAGCAGCAGCAGCAGCAGCAGGAUCAGCAGACACAAGUCCCACAGGUGGUGGGGACGGAGGUGCGACACCCCACCCCCCACGAGCACCGCCAUAACUCAGAGCACAGACACUCACACAAGCGACACCGUGACACGCGGGCUCACGUGGUUGGUGAACUACACGACACAGAGAGGAACUACGUCAACAACCUCAACUUUAUCCUCACGAAAUACCAGAAGACACUGAAGAGUCCAGAGUAUAGCGCGAUGAUCGACGCCAGCCUGGUGGACGAUAUCUUCUUUCAGGUGCCGGAGAUCUACGGCUACCACGAACACUUCCUGGAACAGCUCAAGCAGCGCAUCGAGUCCCGAGACGCCAGCAUCUGCGUCGGUGACAUCUUCCUGCAGCUGGUUAAUGACCCGGGGGUGUUGGAGAGCUACACAUCCUUCACCAACAACCUCAAGACAGCUCAUGAAGCAGCCAAGGCGGCAUCCCAUGCAAAACAGACCUUCAGGCACUUCCUCUUGGCAAGAGCUCGGGAACAUCAUGGCAAACUUGACCUCAAGGCACUGCUUAUUAAACCUGUCCAACGCCUUCCACAGUAUGAGUUACUUCUCAAGCGUCUCCUGAAGCACACAAACCGAGACCACCCAGACCACCCCUUACUGACGGAGGCCAUUGGCGUGGUACAGCAGCUUGCCAGUAAAAUCAAUGCUGUAGAGCAAUUGGCUGUCCAACAUGAAGAGCAACAACUACAUCUAAAAGAACUUGAGAAUAUUAUUGAAGGCCUCGUUGGUCUUGUCCAACCAGACAGGACAUUCCUGCGUCAUGAUUUUGUGACAAUGCAUCCUGGGCUAGUAACACGGAAAGAGCGCUGUCUGUUCCUGUUUUCUGAUCUUCUUGUCAUCACUGCCAUCAAAAGACGGUCUGGCACUAUACGGAAAGGAUCUAGUUUACCAUAUACGGUACUGAAUUCCUUGGAAUCUAACAAAUUCAAGCUCUUCAAAUUCAUUCCAUUAGACGACCUGGAUAUCGCUAGGUCACGAGACGAAAGUGUGAAGAAGUUAGUCAGAGAGAUGGAAACCUUACAAGAAGAUCUUCGAACUCUCCAACAUAUUUCCGAGCUCUCAAAAACACUUCGAUGUCCACGAGGCCCCUUAGAAGAGUCUGUUCAAGAGAUGCUUGCCCAAGCUCAGAAGCAGCUGGCUGAAAGACAUGGGGCUAACUCACAGCUCAUGGAGCUUGAGCUCACCAUUACAACACAGGAAGGCAUGGAAAACCUGACCUUUAUGUUCAGCAGUGCAGAAAAGAGAGCCAUGUGGGAGGAAGCAUUCAAUGAUGCUAAACAUAAACUAGCUAUGUCAGCAGAUCGGCGACCUCCUCCAGAGUUUUUAUCAGCUCUGCCAAUUAGAAAAACGAGAGCAGGUCUUCAGUUCACAUGUGCAACUGCUACACUUGGUCUCAAUGCUCAUAACCUUAAAGAUGUAUGGGUGUGCAACAGUGAUGGGUAUGUUGGGCAGGUAUGUGUGCUGAGCUUACAGCCUGACCCAACAGUAGCAUGUUGCAAUGGAGUGUGUAAUGCCAGAAUCCUUUCCAUUGCCUCUAUUCCUGCUGCUCCUCAACCUGAUUCUAGUGAUGAUGAUGAGGAUGAAGAAAUUCAUGUGGAUGAAGACAUUAGAAAGCGGAGAAGUGAAUCUCUACCUCCUGAGAUGGGAAGUGACGACACAGACAAUCAGCAACCGACGAUGUGGCUCGGGACAGAAGAUGGUUUUAUCCAUGUUUAUAAUUGCUCUGACACAAUUAGAAUUAAGAAGAACAAGUUCAAAUUCCAGCCUGGGUCUCCAGUUCAUUGUAUAAUUCACUUAGACAAUCGGGUGUUUGCAUCCCUGGCUAAUGGAGACAUCAUUGUAUAUCGGCGAGACAUGACUGGUGGAUGGAAUGUUGGAGAGAGACAAGUUAUAAGCAUCAGUACCGCUGCUGCGCCAGUGACUAGGAUGAUGGCAGUAGCAGGCAAGCUGUGGUGUGCAGCCAUGAACACUGUGCGCCUCCUUAAUACUGUCUCACUUCAAGUGGAACAUUCAUUUGUGGUAGGUGGGGAGAAUGGACGUGGAGUGUCGUGCAUGGUCUCUGCAGGUCAUGGGGUGUGGGUGUCAGUGCACAAUUCUGCAGCUGUCAGACUGUACCACGCAGCUACCUAUGAGUGUUUAUGUGAAGUAAAUGUUGCUCCUGCAGUCACAAAAAUGCUUGCAGGUUGUGAUGAUAUCAUUCGGCAGCACAAAGCUGCAUGUUUACGCGUAACGUCAUUACUGGCUUGUAAGGAUUUGCUUUGGGUAGGAACGAGUGCUGGAGUCAUUAUCACUGUGCCACUUCCCCAUCUUGCCCAUAAUACUCACCGUGUUCAAGCACCUUUAAACAUGGUUGGCAUACCGCAUGGGCACACGGGUCAUGUUAGGUUUUUAACUAGUGUAGAGUUAACUCCGGAGAAUCGAACAUCUCGUCUAAAAAGUCAUCCUAAAUAUUCCUUCAAAGGAAGAGACCAUCCUCACCAUCAGCCAGGAACUGCAGCCCCUGCUAAGCUAUUAGUAAUAUCUGGUGGUGAUGGUUAUGAAGACUUUCGAAGUUCCGGAAUGUCAGAGUUGGCAGGUCGUGAUGACUCCACCAACCACUUGCUACUCUGGCAAGUAUGAGGCUCAGGAGAAUUAAAGAUGUGAUAAUUAAUUUUUGGAGCUUCUCGUGAGAGAAUGAACCCGAUUGACCUAUUCCUGUGGACAUUUUCAGUGACAUUUUGGAAGGUGUUGACUGGAUGACCCAGGUGGGAUGAUUAUUCCCAAAACAUUAUUUAAAGUCUGGGAUGAAUGAUCAGUACUAUCCAUAGUGAAAUAUGGAGAGAGAAUACAGUUCAGACUUCUGUGAGGGAUAUACUAUGAGUUUUAUGUGUGUAACAUAAAUGCAGAUAAAUAGCAUCAUUAAAUCUUAAGAUAACUUAAUCUUAUAAGGUAUGAAUAAUGCUUUUUUCUAAAUUGCUUUGCUGAUUUCAUGACAUGCUUGACAAGUUAUUGAGUAUGAUAAGUAAAUAUAAAGUAAAAUGCUAAAAUUUAAAAUUAAUAAGCAUAUGUAAGAUUCACAUACAGUAUACCAGAAAUUCUUGGUUAAUCCCUCAAGAUUUAGCAGCCACUUGUGGCACUAAGAAGCAUAUCCAAGCAAGAAGGUUCACAGUGCCAAAGUUCAGUUAGAUCUGAACCUCUUGAACCACUAAGACAAACUUACUAAAGUGACUUGAAAGGUAUAGUUAUGGGUGUAGCGUGACGUCCAUGAAUGUGUCAGAGACUCAAUGUAUGCCAUCUAUCAAAGAUUAUAAUUAGACACAAAUGUAUUUUCUAACUUUUGUCAUGUUUCCUAAUUGUACUUUAAUUAACAAGGUACUGAAUGUACUAGAGCUGCAUUUCUUAUUAGCCUCAUGGUUUAGCAAGAUUGCUUGCUGAAUGUACAUACAGUAUACAUACAGAUGCUACAGAGCAGUAUACAUGUGCAUAAUGAAAUUUUGCAUUUCUUCCCUGCAAGUAUUAAACUUAACUUCCUCUCAAUCUCCAUAAGUUUUCUAUUUAUUAUUAUGACUAUCAGAAAAUUCCAAUCCAACUGCCACUGCAUACAUUAACCCUAAUUAUGCCUGCCUUAGUAAAUGACAGACCAUGUGAUAUAACACAUCAGUGCUUAGUGAUAAUAAACUCAAUUCUUCUUUCCCACAACGAAGUGUUUGCCUCGGGCAGAGAUUUUUUUGGAGUCGGUGUUUUGUUGAGCGUGAUAGUGAAGCAACUCUUGCGAUGGUCACUCAAGGGAAAGAACAGAAGUGUUUGUGUUUACACAUUGGCACACUUUGCUUAACAUUGUUUACAAAAGGAGAUAGAAACUCAUUGCAGAAGAUAACUGAUCUUUCAGUCUUCACUGCAAAGGUGGAAUAUAAUUAAAUGAUAUCUAUGGGAUAACAUCAGAUAUUCUACUUUUACCAAACCAUCAGGACAUUCCAACACAAAUGGCUACCACUUGAGUGACUUGUUUUUUUCAUGUCAUGGAUAAUGCAUAAUGUUUCCUCACAUCAGUCAUGUUAUAAAAGAGAUAAAUAUUUGAUGAUAAAGUAAUGCUAAAAAUAAUACUGUAUAUUUAUAAUUCCUGAAACGUGAGUGAAAGAAAAUAAGACACUUAAGUAUUUGUGAAAGGAAAUGCAGCACUGUGAGCUACGUUGAACAGUUGGGUGAAAUAGAAUUUUACUAGUCAUACUCCAGAGAGAUGGUGACAUUUAUUUUGUUAGCGACCUUGUUUAUGCAAGAUGAGCAACACAGAACCUGGCUUGUUGGAUGUAAUUAUACGCGCCAUCACAUAACAUAGGGGAAAAGUGAGAAUGAUGAAAGCUCAUCUUUGUUCCAUAUUGAGGCUCUAACAAGUGUAAAUUCAACCAUCGAUAGACAUCUUGGCAUGUAGGCAUUUUAUUUAUUUUAGCAAAACAAACCAUUGCUAGCUUGUCACUAUGAAAGAAAAGUUUUGAGUAUAGGCUAUCAUUCAUUUACAUGCAAUACUGAAUAUAUUAUAAGUACACUAUUUCAGUACCUGUUGUAUAUAUUCAAUAAUCUAAGACAAAAUAUGGCAGUCACAAAUAAAUUUCAUAACUGGAUAUUAUUUCACUUUCUUUCUCUGAAUAUAAUUCAAUUGUAACUUUUCAUCUGAAUUCAUAGAUUUGAGAUUAAAAAUCAUUUUACUAUCAGAAGCUACACAUUUGGUUACCAUGUUUUCUCAUAUUCUUGCCUUAGCAAGGAAUGUACCUUACUUAUAAUAAAAACAUGACCUGUCAUAAAUCAGGUUAAAACUGUGCUGGUCAGCCUAAGUAUAUCUACUUUCACAUUGUGCUUAUAAUUAUUUAAACUGCUGUAUUUUGUUAAAAUAAUUUUACAUAUAUUUAUGUGCUUUGCCAACCUGCCAGGAUGCAAAUUUAUGUUAUAUAUUUUUUACUAGAGGGAGCAUAUAAAAAUGUCUGAGAAAAAUGUGCAGGUCUGUGAUGAUGCUGCAGAUUUGUUACAGAGAAAUUAUGUGAAAUUUUAUUUUCUUAGUGAUGUAUAUUGAAUUACUGAUAAAUAAAUAUAAUAAUGUAUUAUCAAUUGUAAUGUACAGUAGUUUAUGAGAUCACUGACUGUAUCACUUAAAAGUUGCUAUCGCUCUGCCGUGUUUUCCAGUGGUUUAGAGCAAGAGUGAAGCUGUGCGGAGCAACCGAGAUAAAGUUAUAACACUCACUGACCUCAUCCCUCACAGGUCGCACGCACAACAUCCACCACACCACUCUUUAAUGCUCUUUUUUCCUUUUUUUUUACAUUUUAUCUCUCAUAGAGAUUCUUUACUUAUGUAAAUAAAUAUAUAAUAUAUGUAUACAUACUAGUAUAUAUAUAUAAUAUAUAUUUAUGUAUUUAUUUAAUCAAGGACUCAGCAUAUUGCAACCUUGAUUUUGCAUUGAAAAAGUGCAAAAUAAUUUUAGUUCUCUUUUCCUAUACUGUUACAUUGUGGCAUAAUGGUUACUUUUGUAGUAUGUUGGUAGUUAUCUGCAGAAUGUUUAAGAAGUGUACACACAUAAUCCUUGUGGUCAGACACAAGCUAAAAAUACAUUUUGCAUUUAUCGCACAAACACACACACAGCAUUAUACGACAGAGUACUGGGAAGACGAGACACUACGAGUGUAGUUCUCAUCCUGUAACUACACUUAGGUAAUUAUACACACACACACCAGGAAGUUUUUAUCAUCUGACCUUCCCAAAUGAUUUAGGUAUUUUGCAGCAAAGGCAUAUUUCCCAAGAAAGCAUCACAUUUGCACAGGUACAGUAAUUUCAUUGUUUAUUCAUAUUUUAUCCAGAUACUCUUUAAAAUGAUACGGUUCACUAGAUAUUGCUAAAACUAUUCAUAUUUACAAGUACUUGAGUAAUGAUGUGCUUAGCAAUGAUAGGGUGGAUGUGGAGCCUGUUGGUGUGAUCUGACCUCAGAGAGUCCUUGGAAGGAGAUGCUCGCCUGCUGUAUGGUAUUAAUAUACAAAUUUUAGCAAUACUUGUAUAAAUGACCUUACAGCAACUAAUGCUUUGUGUCAUCUACCAAUGGCCCGCUGAGCAUACCAGUGUUGCCAGGCAUCGCUCUUCCCUCAGUUGGCAACAAUGCGCCUGUUGGGCUUAUUCGACUGUGACCAUGUACACCCUAAGGAUAACCCUAAGUUAUCCUUCUAUGGCUACUCCCCCAAUACCUUCAUUUAUCUUACCAAAGCUACAUAUCUCUUAUUCUAUUGACCCAAGCCCAUGCCAAGCACCCUCUUAUUAUCUUACUGUUUUCCUGCCCCUGUACCCUUUAUUACCGUACUGUUAUCAUGCCCCAGCUUCUUCUAUUAUCCUAUUAUUUCUAUGCCACAGCAUCUAUUUUCCUACUGUUGUGAUGCUUCUGUGCCCUCUAUUAUCAUACCAUGAUCAUCAUACCUA